AUGUGUCGGAUUGCAUUUGGUGACAGGUGGGCAGAAUUCCUCGAGGCUGUGGAAGUUGCAAUUGGUCAGUACGAGUGCAAGCCGACAGUCUCUGGCAGUCCUGCGGAAGGUUCCGAUUGGUCGCAGGUGCUGCGCUUCAUAGAAUCGAAGCACGUGUCGGGCGAAAUACCAGGAAUGGUUCUGUCCCUAGCCAAAUGUCACACCUUCCGUGCGGGUCCCGCCCUAGCGGACAUGACGAAUGGUGCUCAAAAUGUACUGUCGACAGCAGAGGUACUCCAGCCCGUGAAGCGCAGGAUGUACACUGUGCUGCUCUGGGAAAGUGGAGAGGGGCCUUUCAGAGUGGAGGAGUUCUUCACCAGGCGGUCAGACGUGUGUCACGAGGAGGUGGGGGUCUCGAAGUGGCUGCCCCCUGGUGUGACACACCCAGGACUGCGACGGCUGUGGAGGGCUGAUGUGGAAUCGCGCUGGCGGCUCUUCACCUACAUAGUGGGCGCCCCAGAUGGGAACGGUACUUCUCUGAGGUCUCUUCAGGCCCAGUACCUCGCGGUUCCGGCUGCCGCACUUUCUUUCCUCCGGCACGAGGCCUGCUGUCUUGAAAGUCACGAGGCUGAGGUCCUCGCAGUGGUCGCCGUGACUGUGGGGCGCCUAUCGGUUCAGCAGUUGGCUCAAAAGCAGCUCACGUCUCUAGACACUCGGCCCAUGUAUUUGGUGUCUUUAUUCGUUCGCACUGCCCUACACGUCCUGGAUGGUGCUGCCAUUUGUGGGUUAUCCUUCCCCCGAGACUCAGAGUGCCUGCUGGACGCCUAUUUCGAUGGAAUAUUCUUCCACGAGGACUACCUUAAGGCUAAGGCCCAGUCAUUUGCAAGGAUAGGAACCCACUUACCAGGGGACCGUCCACAUCUUGGUCCACUCCACCAGCUGUUGGAUGUAAUCGAACGGACCCGCACCAGUCGCCAAUAA